CUAUGACAAACUUCAGCCUUACAUUGACAGUAAGAGAUUUGACAAUAUCGAUAAAUUCAAUGUGAAAUAAUUUUUCAGUUUAAUAUUUUGAUACGCAUGAAAAUCUUCAGUACCAGGUUACACAGGGCCAUAUCGAGGAUAUGGCCUCUGUCAAAAAGAUGGGUGUCGGAAAAAUCUCCAGCUAUAUUAGAUUGCGGGCCCGAUUUAGAGGAUCGAGGGAUCUGUGGCGUGGACCCUUGUAAUGCUGACCUGAGCUUCCCGGAGCCCCGAGUCGUCAUCAUAGGCGCUGGCAUGGCCGGCAUAUCAGCUGCAGCCAGGCUGUCGCAGCGCGGCAUCAACAACAUUGUUGUCCUCGAAGCUUAUGAAAGACCUGGAGGACGCAUUCACUCGUGCUGGCUCGGAGAUAUAGUCGCAGAACUUGGGUCUCAUUGGAAACAGGACAAUGCUUUCACACAUCCAGUGUACACUCUGUCUGCCACUGAGAGUCCCCCUCGCCCUGGAGUUCCAGGCGCUGAACACACUAGAGGCCUCUUCAACAGAAUCGUCUGUGGCAAGAUGGCGUUUCCACCCACUAUUACUGCAUACCACAAAUUCCGACAAAUCGAAGAGGAGACUGCUCAGAUUUAUUGUUUGGGAGGAAAUAAACAACAAGGGUCGCUAAUAAACUUUAUGAGCCUGAGAAUACAGCAGGAAUUACAUGAAUACCCUGAUGAUCAGCAGCAUGAUGCAGCAAGAGUUAUGUUUGGUCUAGCGCACAUGCUCAGUGCUCGAUGUGGCGAUGACACAGCUAUGCUGUGCGCUGACCACAUCGGAUGUUUCAUGAACAUGCCAGGCGGGGAGGUCCGCGUCCCACUAGGAUUAGUUGGCAUAUUAGCUCCAUUACUACGACAAAUACCGGAGGGCGCUAUUCGUUAUUGCAAACCCGUUAACUGUGUGUACUGGGGCACAUCUCAAAAGAGCGGCUACCGAGCUAUUGUGUGCACUACCGACGGUGAAGAAUUCCCUGCUGACUACGUUAUAAUAACAGUAUCCCUCGGCGUACUAGUCGCUAAUGCCGCUAGGAUGUUCUGCCCAGCACUGCCUGCGUCAAAAAUAGAUGCGAUGCGUUGCCUCGGAUUUGGGUUUUGCAAUAAAGUAUAUCUAGAAUAUUGUAGACCUUUUUGGUUCUGGCAUAAAGGUGACCUGGAUUUCAAAUUUGGUAAGAAUGUUCCGUUUAGUUCUCGUGGCGAUUGGACUCGAGGUGUGACUGCGAUUGAACCGGUGCCUAACAGUAAGCACGUCUUGUGUGCGUGGGUUGUUGGCGGAGAAGCCAUGCUGAUGGAGGGGCUCUGUGACAAAGAUGUAGCAGAAGGACUAACACAACUGCUGAGGAUGGCUACUGGAAACAAUUUCAUACCCUACCCCAUGACAAUAUUGAGAUCUCAUUGGACGUCAGAUCCUUUCUUCCGUGGCGCCUAUUCCUAUGAUUGUAAGUGUACUGAUGGUAGCGCUCAAAGAGCCUUGGCGUGUCCUUUGCCGGGCCCACGGGAGUCGAUACCACCUAUUUUGUUAUUCGCUGGGGAAGCCACUGUUCCUGGUCACUUCGCUACUGUCUCUGGAGCAAGGUUGAGUGGUGUGAGAGAAGCUGAACGAAUCGUGCAGUUGACAUUGCAAUACAAAGGUCCUCCAUUGCCUAUGAUAGAAUCUGGGAAACCAAAGAAGCAUUGUAAAGCCACCAAUUAAAAUUGUGAAAUGGUAUGCACGAGUAUAAUAGUGUUGGGUUUUACAUGUCACAGGGUGCGAAAUAUAGAGAAAGUUUCCCGCUCGGUUGUUCUACUCCUUUAAUAUUUUCAUCCGGGAGUCAUGUCUGCGUAACUACUAACUUAUCUCAGACAACUUUUCCAGGAGUUCCUGUUGUUAGUUUUGAAACUCGGAUGAUGCUCGUAACUUAUUUGAUAUUUCGCCUUUAUAAUAGUUACCCAUGAAUUAUGUAUAUUGUAAACAUUGGUCUGUGGUGUGAUUGAGACUUUUGGAAAUAUACUCGUCUUCUUCGUA